UCCCGGGAAAAUCCAUAACCACCACUUGUCCCCUCCGCGGCAAAAAUCAGUCACCCAAUCAACCGAAAUUCGAAAACCCUAUAGACCAAACAACCGGAAACGAUGAUGCUCUGCAAGCCUUCAGUGAUCUCCCCUUCUCCAACAUGCCCGUUUCAUCUCGCUUCGUCCAAUUCGAGAAACCCGAGAACUGCAGCUUUCUGCUCAGCUGGCUGGAUCAGGUCCAUGGCCAUCGACAGAGCUGCCGUUUCUCCUCCACGGAAGAGGCCCAUCUCAGCCUCAGAAGCUCGGAUAUCUCUCGUGUUUGCCCUCACUUCUCAGGCUUCGUCACUUUCUCAGCGACUCUUGAUGGACUUGGCAACAGAGACCGCAAAGUACGUGUUCCCCAAGAGGUUCGACAGCCGGAAUUUAGAGGAAGCUCUGAUGUCGGUUCCUGAUCUUGAGACAGUAAAGUUCAAAGUUUUUAGCAGGAGAGACCAGUACGAGAUCAGAGAAGUCGAGCCUUACUAUAUAGCAGAAACAACGAUGCCUGGUAGAACUGGAUUCGAUUUCAGCGGCUCAUCUCAAUCAUUUAACGUCUUGGCUGAGUAUCUCUUCGGUAAGAAUACGACAAACGAGAAGAUGGAGAUGACUACACCAGUCUAUACUCGCAAAGCUCAAUCUGAUGGGGAGAGAAUGGAAAUGACUACACCUGUGAUAACCAAGAAGGUGAAUGAUCAAGAGAAGUGGCAGAUGUCCUUUGUCAUGCCGUCAAAAUAUGGUGCCAACUUACCAUUGCCUAAGGAUUCGUCUGUGAGGAUCAAAGAGGUCCCAAAGAAAACCGUUGCAGUUGUUGCCUUUUCUGGGUUUGUUACUGAUGAAGACAUUCAGCAGCGGGAACGCAAACUUCGAGAGGCUCUGAAAAGUGACAGAGAGUUUCGAGUAAAACCAGGCACUUCUGUGGAAGUUGCACAGUAUAAUCCGCCUUUUACACUGCCAUUUAGCCGUCGCAAUGAGAUUGCUCUGGAGGUAGAGAGGAAGGAACAGUAGCUCCUCAAUCAGGAUCUUGAGUUACAUAGUAUAAAUCGACUCUUUCGCUCUGUAAAGAAAAUGGGCAGGAAUCCUCUGUGUCAUUAUGAGUGUAAUGACAUAUAAGGACCGAAAAAAUGCUCUCGAUUGUACAUACUACAUCAUAGUUAUAUAUGAGUUUUGCUCCACCAA